AAGCUAGUCUUUUUUUCGUUAUUGUUCCAAGGAGAAAGCAAAGAUAGCACACUCGUCCGGUGGAGACGCAGCGCAGCCUUAGCAGCGAAGCCGUUCUCUCGAAACCUGAGGUAUUCAAUUUUUUUUUUUUGAUUUAUUCGCGAGCACUCUUACGUCGUGCGUUCAGACCUUCUAGUGGUUGAUUUAGUAUUUCAGUAGAUUGAUAUGAAAGAACGAAGCAAGGAGUACGAGGGAAACGACUUGAGUCCAUCAUCAUAAUAUCGCUGCGUAUUUAUCUUUGGAGAUAGAUCUGAUGAAAAAUAAAGAAGCAAAGUGCAAACAAGAAAACUUCAAUUUCAGGCACUUGUCAACAUCGGCUUGAGUUUCGACUCAGGAAGCACGUCUGGCGUGUAUUUCGAUAUCCCGCCCUCCAACAGCGUCAGGACGACCGUGAGACAGCCGGUAUUUUUUAUUUGUUUUUUAUUUUCAGCGUGGACACAGUCACAGGUAGGUAAACGUAAACGUAAAAGCGAUAACAUGCAUCAGCACCAGGAUUGUCCGCAUCAUCAUCAAGCAUGCAUUUGGGGAUUGGUGGAGGUUAGUUUGUCCGCUGCAAGAAUUUAUUUAAAAAAGUGUAGCAGCUGCACGCUUGCAACCUCAAAUUGAAAUCAUCAUUUCCACUGCAGGUGAACGACGAAUAUUUACAUUCGCGUCUUUACUGCUGUCCAGGAUGACCAAAACCGCGCAGAAGCUGUUCAUUUCCUCCGCCGCCCUGGCGGCAGCGGAGAAGAAGAUGCAGGCACCAAAAGGAAAAAUCCCCCCUCCCAAUAUCGAAACGCGUUUUCUGAUUUUGGAUUUGCGUACACAAAUACGCUUUGUAACGCAGGAAGGCACUGCGGCCAGCUCCUCAGCCUAGGGAGGGG